AUGGCCUCGGAAUAUCCCACGCUCCCCAGCCCGCCUUUCCAUGAUGUCCCCGGCAUCUUCAACUUCCGCGACCUAGGUGGAUAUUCCGUCCAGCCCUCCGGCUCGGUACGCAGUAAUUUCAUUUUCCGCUCCGCCUUGCCUACAAAGAUCACCGCUGCCGGAUGCGACAAACUCGUUUCUGAAUUACAUAUUAGUCACAUAUAUGACCUCCGAUCCGACCUCGAAGUCGACAGGGACCCCUCCUCAACAAUUACAGGAGUCGACAGGCAUCAUGUUCCGGUUUCUGCCCUCAAGGACGCUAGCCCCGAGGCAAUGGCACUGAGCAUAAAGCCCUACCUGUCCACAGAUGGCUCCAAGGGCUACGUUACUGCUUACUCUGAGAUAUUCUUGUCCGGCGCCACUGCGUAUCGUCGGCUAUUUGGGCACGUGCGUGAUCGACCUGAUGAGCCGUUCCUGGUUCAUUGCACAGCUGGAAAAGAUCGCACCGGAUGCUUUGGGGCAUUGGCUCUUCGCUUGGCCGGUGUUGAGGACUUGGAUGUUAUUGGGAAGGAGUAUGGGUUGACGGAUCUAGGACUUGCUCCGCUUAAGAAGAUGAUGGCGGCAAAGGUCACAGAGGCUACAAAAUUGAACGACCCUGCUGGUGUCGAACGGUUACUAGCUUCUGAUCCCGAGAAUAUGAAGGCCUCCAUGCUUUGGCUGGAGGAGAAGUAUGGAAAUGUUGAGGGCUACUUUAAGUCUGUCCUCGGCUUUUCGGAUGAGGAUAUUCUUAGAAUAAGAUCCAAUUUGGUAGUUCAGGGGGACAUCUGA